AUGUAGCAAACACAAAGAAUACCCUAAGACUUUUAUUUCAUUUUUUCUCAAUUUACAACAAUGAACGUAUUGAAAAGUCUAGCGAUCAUUUCCGUUCUCGGAAUAUUCUUUAUACCUCGUUAUUCUGAAUCCGCGAUAUCUUGCAGUGUUGUGAUACAGGAUUUGCAGCCAUGUGUGAGCUAUUUGACCAGCGGAAGUGGAAACCCUCCGGAGACUUGCUGCGACGGAGUUAAGAGUUUAGCGGCGGCAACCACCACAUCUGCCGAUAAGAAGGCGGCUUGUCAAUGCAUCAAAUCAGUGGCUAAUAGUGUCACCGUGAAGCCUGAAUUGGCUCAAGCCCUUGCUAGCAACUGUGGCGCGAGCUUGCCCGUUGAUGCAUCUCCUACUGUCGACUGCACUACGGUUGGUUGAGAAAUUCACAACAUCGAUCAAUGGUCCAUCUUGUCCUAAUUAAGUAUGCAAUUUAUAUAAAUAAAGGCGCGUCCUAUAAGAUAUUUAGGCGAAUGUUGUAAGGUCAUUUAAUUUCGUUAUGUAUGAUGUCCAUGUACAUGUGUACUGUGUAGUAGUCUUUGAGUGCAUUUGUGCAUGCAAUGCAAUCACUUACCCCGGUGGUUUGGAUAUUACAGUGUUGUGAACUGAUGAGUCAUGAAAAAACAGCUUUUCUUGUU